UCGAAAUGUGAUAUUUUGCAGAACAAAUUGACCAAGUUCAGCAUGCAUUUGUACUUAAAUUUUAACCCGAAAUCGAGGUUUAUUUCAUAAAAAGCGACGGAAUAACACAGCAGUCGAUCAAUGAUGCUGCUGAUUUUCAUUCAAGUUGCAUUGGUGGUAAUUUCUAUCUCGUGUCUUAUAUUUUGCACAUGGAGUUGUAGACGGAAGUAUGGUUAUUCCAAAAUACCCGACGAAGAAAAUGUUUCAGACAAGUUGACAAGGGAUAGAAAAUUCCAAAGACUGGCUUUGAAAGAGGCUCUUUGUCAGUUUUUCUUAAACAUGUCUCGAAAAUAUACAUUUGUAGAACAAUUGGACGACAUCGGUUGUCGACUCGGAAGAAGCUGGUUCAUCGUCAAAGAAGUAAAAUCCGAAAAGAAACUCUUGAUUCUGACUAAGAAAAGUUCGGACUGUUUUCUGUCACUCACUCCGUCCACCAUCCAGUUGCUUAGAGAUCUGUUUGAGCCCCUAAGUAAACACCCUUACAUUUACGCAAUCAAUGAUAUUGAUGUAUUGGCACAAAAACCGUUUGUCUUUGUCGUUGAACCCUUUAAUUCAAAAGGAACAUUAAAAGAUUUGAUUUAUAAGCGAAAACCACGCGAAGUUUGGGUGGGUAAAUAUCGUACGCAAGGCAAAGCUUUGAGUGUUGUGGAAAUUAAGACUUAUGGACAACAGAUAUUAAAGGCGAUGCUUUUCUUGCAUAGCAAAGGCAUACCAACGAACGGACACGUACACUGCGGAAACAUAUUUGUCAAGAAAGGCGUGUGCAGGAUAUCGGGAUAUGAGCAAGCCAUUUUGGGCUUUAAGUCUCGCCUCCAACCAAGACUGUCGAAAUUGCUAAAGAAAAACAAAUAUGCCAUCGAUACAUUGUGUUUUGGCCAUCUUUUGUUUGAAAUGUCCUACGGUCAAGAAUUAUUUGACGCCAAACCAGGCAAACUACAUUUUGAGUAUUGCUCAAGAAGUGAAGAAGUUGGCGAGAUAUUGAAGUUCGUGUUUGGUAAUAACGAUUCAAGUUAUCCUGAUUUAAAUGAAAUAUUAGCCCACCGCUUUUUCCAAGGUUACACUACUUUAGAUCCUAUUGAUUCUGAUUCGAUUUUUUUCAAGCCUCAAGUUACUCGUAGUAUCCUUAAACCCUUCAAGAAAUAUUUUAAGAAGAUGAAAAGGAAGUCUAUAAAAGACAGAAGUGAAGAAGGAAAAGAGGCUGUAGAAUCACCGGAGCUAAUGAAAAAGUCUCAUGUAACGUAUGACCCUGAAGAGGAAAAGAUAUCAAAUCCUAUUUUACUCAAACGCCCUGUCGAAAUAGUCGUGACGUCACCAGAACAUUCUUUAAGCGACGAGGCAUCUCUAGAUUUAUCUAAAGCUGUUAAAUAUGAUGUUUCUUCACAGGAGUUAGAAUACGACCCGUCAAUGGAUACGGAAAGCCGUCCUUCGGACGCUAUGAAGCAUGAUUCGUCAGGUGAUCAACGCAAGCGGUCGCUCUUUGGUGUAGAAGCCUUGAUGGAUUCAAUCAAACAAGCCAUUCAACAACGUCAUGAUGUCCUGGAGCAAUCCGAAGAUGAAGCUAACUCGCGUCGCUCGUCGUUUUCAUCUACGUCAUCGGAUACCCAUACAUCCCCACUUACCUCUGAGUCGCAGAAUUUGUCAACCUCUAAAAACCUCCCCGAUAAGCCAUCUCUUUCCAAGAAACCUUUCAUUACCAAGUCUGAUUCUUUGCCUCAACAAAAAACACUUCCAAGUCAUCCUAAGACGACGCCUUCUAUGCCCAAAGCGCCUCCGGUCUCAUCGAUUCUACACAGAAAUGACGGCAACCAAGGAAACAAAAGUGAGAGGCAGAACCUGCUCAAGUCCAUUAUUGAAGGUAGGACAUUGCGCAGGACAGUUACAAAUGAUAGAAGUGCACCGCGUGUGUAAGGACAGUUUUUGAAGAAUUCUAACCUAGUAACUGAUAAUGUAAAGUUUUAUUGGUGACAUGUAAUAGCCUUUCGAAUUUGGUAUGUCUAAGGAUUCUCAUUGCGUCAUGCGUCACCUUCGCCUUUGAUAUGAAAAAUGUUAACGGUCGUGGUGGAACACAACUCCAUAACGGAAAAAUUACAAAAUUGUUCAUUGUAA